AAAAUUAUGUCAAGUUUACAACGAACAAUGUUGAAAGGACGUUUACCUCCCACAAUUCCUGGCACAAGAAUUGGUCGCAGUGAUUCAUUUAAAAAAUCAAGAGCUAGAGAUUUUAAGCCAUCACUAUGGAGUGAAUUCUUUGCCGAGAAGGAGGAUGUCCAAAUCGAUGAUAAGCGUUUGUUUCGCGUCUAUCGCACAAAACAACCGGAAAAGCCGGGACCAUUAUUGUUGCUAUUACAUGGCGGUGGAUAUUCGGCAUUGACAUGGGCUCACUUUUGUACUGAAAUUACUAACAUGAUCCAUUGCCAGUGCCUAUCAAUAGAUAUGCGAGGUCAUGGUGAUACUGUUACCGAUGAUGAUGAUGACUUAUCAGCAGAUACUUUAGCCAAGGAUAUUGGCGAUCUAAUGUUAAAACUCUAUCCCACAAAUAUGCCACCAGUCUAUGUUGUUGGCCAUUCUAUGGGUGGUGCUAUUGCUGUACAUUUUGCCCAUUUGGAAUUAAUACCAAAUUUAAUUGGUAUCACUGUCAUCGAUGUGGUUGAAGGUACUGCCAUGGAGGCAUUGGCCAGUAUGCAAAGCUUUCUACGUUCGCGACCACAAUAUUUUAAAAGUAUACCCAAUGCAAUUGAAUGGUGCAUACGUAGCGGUCAAAUACGUAAUAUUGAUAGUGCUAAAGUUUCGAUGCCGGGUCAAAUAAUUAAUUGCACAACAAAGAAAUUGGCCACAAAUGAGUUGCCACUUGCAGAGGAUGAUUCGGCCGAAGACACUGCCAACAACAAAUUUACACAUCCCUUUAGUAUUUCCGAAGAUGAGGAGGCUGCCGAUGAAGGCGAGGAACCUAAAUCUCCAGAAUUCAAGAGACCCACAACAACUGCCCCAGAGGAGAAUACCAAAAAAUAUACCUGGCGCAUAGAUCUCUCGAAAUCGGAAAAAUAUUGGGUUGGCUGGUUUUCUGGUUUAAGUGAGAAAUUUCUCAAUUUACGCUUGCCCAAACAGCUAUUAUUAGCCAGUAUUGAUGGUCUCGACAAGGCUCUUACCGUUGGCCAAAUGCAAGGACGCUUUCAAAUGCAAGUUUUGGCUCGCUGCGGCCAUGCUGUACACGAAGAUCGCCCACACGAAGUUGCCGAAGUACUUAGUGGUUAUUUGAUUCGUAAUCGUGUUGCCGAAGCAGCUGGUGAUUUUCGUUGUCACUUGCCAGCAUGUUAA